AUGUCAAGCAAUAGCGUCCUCACUUAUCUAUUAUCACUUAUUGGCAUCAUCCCAAUAAACCAACAUCAACUGCAAUUACAACUCAAACAACAGCAACAGCUCCAACUACAACAAGCAAAUCAACAGCAACCACCAUCCGACAAGGAAGAGAAAUGCCAACUGCUAGCGUCCUCUGCAUUCGUGGUGCAAGAAGAUCAAGAUGAACAGCUGGAUAUCCAAGAUUGGUUGAGCAGACUAUCCAAGAUGGCUCUGUGCCAAAUCAUAUCUACUACAAUAGCCGAUUAUCCUCAAGUUGCCGAUAACAUCUACACUCGACACUAUGAAAAAAACUACAGAAAGAAGAAGCGGAUCACUCCAAACAUCGAAAUUGACAAGCUGAAAUCGAUCCAAGCACAAGCAAGAUCCAUUGCUCACGAAUUAGACAACCAGAGACCAAGCGAGCAGUUUGGUCGAGCAGAUGAAACUGCAAAUGCUUUACAGCAAAUGGUCAGGUCAUUGCACCUCCAUUCUGAUCAGUCGUUUCUGACGCUGUUUGGCCUAAUCAUCAUUGCUCAGGAGAGUUUAUCAGCUCCUUCUGAAGUGCGUCAACAUAUAUUCUACCACGCAAAAUUCGGGAGAACGCUCAUUCUUGAAAUUUCAAGCGUCCUCAAGAAUUUCAACUACACGCAUAGCGGUAGCGACCAAAACUGGAGCUUGCUGAUGAAGACCUCCUGGUUGGCCGAUUUGCAAGAAAUAUGCUCCAGAUUAUCCAGAUAUGAUAUCACUUGGGAAUACAGAAAAGAGUAUAGCGAAGUCGCCACCAUGGCAGAACGCUACUAUCAUCCUCCUCAUUAA